GUCAAGCCGCCCCGAAACCGCGGGCGGAGAUGCAGCCGUAAGCGCGGCCAAACCCAAGCCCGCGCAAUGGACGAGAACCUGAAACCUCAUCGCAGCCCUCAUGGGUCUCAGCUCAACUUGGCUUCAAAAAUAAUACCAUAUCAUAUAUGCUUAAAACAUUGCUCAGGAAAUGGCGCAACAGCAGCGACACAUCCUCCCACGGCGUGUCUCUGCCUCGGCCACAGCGCUCCUCGAAGAAGCAACCAUCGUGUCUAUGGAUCCACACCUGCUGGCCCUGCUCGAAAGGCGCGAACCUGGCACAGCAAGGUGGAUACUCGAGGACAGAACGGUUAGGUCGUGGAUUGACGGCAGCAAUGGCGUCGACAACCUGUGGCUGUAUGGGCAUGACGGCGCGGGGAAAACAGUGCUGGCGGCAACGCUGGCAGAGGAGAUGAUCCGGAGGGCGGACAACGGCGAUGCCGAUGCUGUGUGCUUUUACCUGUGUAGACAUGAAGGCGCCGGACGCUCAGGCCGGGACAUCAUGGCGACGCUGGUGCUGCAACUGGCCAUGCAGAGCGACGCUGCCUUCCAAGGGCUCACGACAGCAUUCUCCAUCUCCUGCGUGGACGAAUACGAUGCGCAAGCCUUUAAGACGGAGCUGCAAUCCAAGAGCACGGAAGAGCUGAGUGCGCUGCUGGAGGCGAUGGCCCGGCACUUUGGACGCCUGUCCGUCAUUGUGGUGGCGCUGGACAGCAUCACUGCAGCCACGCAACGAAGCGUGCUAUCUCGCCUUGGGGCCAUGAGCCAGACUCGCGGCGUUCCGGUCCGUGUCGCCGUCACGGGGCCCAACUUGGACGCCACGCAGAGAGAGCUGAUUCUGCAAGGCCGGUUUCACGCGGUAUUUGUUGCCGGGAAGUCGGAGGAUAUCCAGCUGUAUGUCCACGGCGAGCUUGCGAGAAAAGCAGCCCAUGGAGUGUUCGCUCUCGAGGACCCGGCGGUGAGAAGCGGAAUAGAGAAAUACAUCCUCAAUAAGAGUCACGGCGCUUGGCUCUGGGCCGUCUGCGAGCUGGAGGCGCAAUGCAACCUGGCCCGACUUGGGAGAUGGACGCCUCAGCCCGUAGGCGAUGCGCCUCCUCUCAACCCGCCAUUGCAGCAGUGGCCUUACGGCCCCGAUCCGGGCAGUAUUCUGCCCGCCGUGUAUCCAUAUAGAUCCUAUCUUGAGAGUGUCCUGGCAGAGGGCAACCCUCGAACCUCGUUCAUCCUGAACCGUGUGCUCAAAUAUAUCUUAGCCGCGGGACUUUGGCCACAGGCGCGUCUCGGCGUCGAGGAAAUGUGCGAGACCCUCACCUCGCUGCUCAACCACCAUCCGUCGGACAAGUGGUACGCGGACAACAACCUUGCCACGCACCGACGACACCAGGCCGUGACGGAGCAGGACAUACUGCACGUCUGCGGCCCGCUGAUCUGCAUCUGCUGCAAGAACACACAUGACGACGAUGGCGGCGCGCGCUUUCACUUCUUCUUUGACAUCGCGCACCCGUCCGUCAUCGGCUUCUUCCGCUUCUACAGCCCGCGCCUGCCCGCCACAUCAACAGCGCGUGACUUCCUCCGCGUCGACUCCCCCGCCAAGGUCAUGGGCGAGACGGUCGACGAGUUCGCCGCGGCGUGCGAGAUGCUCGAGGCCCGGGGCCUGUUCGAUGCCGCCGAGGCCAUGCAUCGACGCCUCGUGCGAUGCGCGGAGUCGGGCGGCAGCGGCGGGCCGACGCACGUGUCGACGCUCGCGCGCCUCAACAACCUGGCCGGCUUUCUCCUCGACCGGGGGCGUCUCGACGAGGCGGAGACAAUGCUGCUGCGCGCGAAGGAGGGGUAUGAAGCGAUGGACCCGGCGCCGACGGCCACACUCGACCGCGAUAGCAUGUAUAAUACAUACAACAUGCUCGGCAUUCUGUACAAGCGCCGCGGAGACGCCGCUCGGGCCGAAGAGCACUAUACCGCCGCGCUGCGAGGGCGUGAGGAUCUCUACGGCCCGGACAGCCUCGAGGCAGCCCGCACGGCCAAGAACCUGGGCCUGCUGUACGUGACCAUGGGAGGACCUGCACGCGCAAGCCACGCGGCCGUGAUGUGGGAGCGGUACCUCGCCGUCGUAGAGGCCGUGCUGGGCGCGACGCACCGAGACGUCGUCACGGGCGUGUACGACCUGGCCCUGCUGUACAAGAACCAGCGCCGCACGGGGGAGGCGGGGCCCCUGAUGGAGCGUGCCGUGGAGGGAUACGAACGGCUCUGGGGCCGGGAGGACGAGCGGACGCUGGACGCGCUCUUUCAGCUGGGACAGCUGUGCGCCGUGCACGGGGACCUGCGCAGGGCGGAGAGCCUGUUUCAGGAGGUGGUUCGCGGGAGGGAAAGGGUGUAUGGGGAGAGAGAUGGGAGGGUGGAGGAUGUGAGGGAUAGCUUAGCCUUGGUUCACCGCGAACUCUACGACCUGAGAUGAGAAGAGGGUGGGGGCGGGCGCUUUGAUACAUAUAUAAU